AUGGGUCUCCCAGUGGCAGUGGCGGUGGGUACGAUGUAUGCUGUUCCAACCGCAAUGUUGGCUUUCGGCUUUUUAGUGGAAUAUCUUCGUCCAGACAAAAACAGAGACUUAGAGAGUGAAUGUAACAUUUUUCAGGGCAGAUGGGUGUUUGAUGCUCAUCACGUUCCCCUCUACACUCCUCAAAGUUGUCCCUUUAUUACCAAAAAAUUCGAUUGCCAAAAUAAUGGUCGGCCUGACAAUGAUUACAUGAAAUAUCGGUGGAAUCCCUAUUCAUGCAUGCUACCACGGUUCCAUGGUGAAGAUUUCUUGAUCAGAUUUGAAGGGAAGCGAAUCAUGUUUGUAGGAGACUCGGUUGGGUACAACCAGUGGCUGUCGCUCGCAUGCAUGCUCCAUUCGGCAGUUCCACAACACAAAUAUGUACUCCACACGAAAGGAGGCCUUCCUACUAUUACCUUCCCGGCUUACAAUGUCUCGUUGAUGUUUUACCCCGAUGAUUUUCUUGUUGACAUUGCUGUUGGUGGCAAAAAUGAAAGAAUCCUGAAGCUUGAUUCAAUUGGGAAUGGAGGAGUAGUUUGGAAGGAUGCUGAUGUGUUGGUCUUCAACACUUGGAACGGGUGGCUUCAAACUGGAAAGAAGCAAUCAUGGGAUGUUAUUCAAGAAGCUAACGCCAGGCAUAAUGACAUGGAUCCGUUGGUUGCUUAUGAGAAAGCUCUGAAUACAUGGGCCAAAUGGGUAAACUCAACGGUUGAUACCAACAAAACCAUGAUAUUCUUCCAGGGUGUUUCCCCAGACCAUUUCAAUUCAAGAGAUUGGGCAGAUCCGAAUGCAAAGAAUUGUAAAAGGCAAACAAGACCAGUUCCGGGGCAUAGAUAUCCAGGAGGUCCACAUCCAGCAGAAGCUGUUCUGGAGAGAGCAUUGGGCAGUGUAUCCGAAUCAGUUUAUUUGGUUAAUGUAACAGCUCUGUCACAACUAAGGAAAGAUGGGCAUCCUUCUAUCUAUGGUAGCAAAGAUGUUGACUGCACUCAUUGGUGUCUACCUGGACUACCAGAUGCUUGGAAUGAACUCUUAUAUGCAACAAUAUUGGGCUACUAGCCAUCC